AUGAGGAAAUUGUCAUACAAGAAAUCAGUCGAAUUGGAUUUGUUUGGUCAAUUUUUGGUCGAAAAAUGCGUGGAAAACAAAAUCGACCGAGUUUUGGAUGUUGGGUGCGGACUGGUAAGAACUUUCUUUACAAACCAAAAACUUUCUUUACAAAACAUAAAAUGGCAAGAACUUUCUUUACAAAGCAAAAAAUGGCAAGAACUUUCUUUACAAUAACUUUCUGACGAUUUUAGGGCCAUUUACUCGGCUGGAUUGGUGAAAAACUGCCGAAUCUGGAGCUGGUCGGAGUCGAUUGUAAUGACAGUUUUUGUGACAAGGGAACCAAAAUUUAUGGCCAAGUCAAGUUCAAUGUGCUUGAAAUUUCAUUGGAAAAUUGUCAAGAUUUUUUGGAUUUGCUUCAGAAUACGGUAAGUCUUCUAUGCCUCUAACAAUUGAUUUUUUUGGAAUACGGUAGGAAGGUUAAAUUUGGAGGGUUACGAUAGGUUUAGAAAGCGCCAUAUGGGAUUAAGGGUAUGCUACCCUACCCUACCCUGUUCUCCCCUUCCCUACCCUACCUGUUCUGCAUUACCUUGCCCUGCUUUACCUUAGGUACCGAAAGAUACGGCAUCGUUACAGUAAGCAUAUUAGGUUUUAAAACACAUUUUAUCUGCUCAACAUGACUUUACUGUGCCAUACUAUACUCCUUUUCCUUCUAGCAAAUCCUUGGUUACGGUAUGUUAAGAUGACAUGGGCAAGCCAAUAUAGAGCAAAUACGACAGAGAGGAGACUGGUUGCUCUUACCGGACUUGAUAUUAAGCUUUACCAUUUGCUACUGUAACGUUUAAAGAAUUUUUCUUAAUUUUUAAAAAUUUUUAUUUUUCAGGGCAAGAGAACAGCACUGAUCUCACUACAUGGCUGUGGAGACCUUCAAGAGACCUUGAUCAAAGCAUUCCUAAAGUGUAAUAUUUCAAAAGUGCCAUUACUAUUGACUAUAGGGUGUUGUUAUCACAAAACCAAGAAGCCUGAUAACUGGAUUAUAAGUGAUUUCUUAAAGAACCAGCUAGGCUAUGUCAAUAUCAAUGGAUCAGCGUUAAGAAUGGGAGCUGAAAUGAGGUUCAAUGACUAUAUCAAUAUGUCUGAGGCGGAAAGGGCAAAACGAUUGAAUUCAUUGAUGAUAAGGGCCGUCACUGAGGUGUUUUAUCAACGAAAUGGUAAGAACUUUAUUUACAGACGAAAAAUGGCGAGGACUUUCUUUACAAAACAAAAAAUGGCAAGAACUUUCUUUAAAAAACAUAAAAUGGCAAGAACUUUCUUUCCAGAUAUCAACGCUCUAAUAGAACAUCGCUCAAGACGAAGAAACCUAGGUAACACCAUAUCCGAAGCUGCUGAAGCAAUAGCAUCAAGAUACGGGGUCGAAGAUGAUGUUAAAGAGUUAUGGCUAAAAGAAAUGUUGGCAAUUGAACAGGAAUUUCAAGGUGAAAGGGACAAAAUUCAACUUUUCUUGGUAAGAUUUUUAUUUUUUAAUUAUUAUAUGGUAUUUUAUAUAAUUUUUAAAAUUUUCGAAUUUUUUGUUUUUGCACCGUGCAAUAUUUAUAAAUUUUUUACACGGUGCACUCAGUUUUUCGAAAAAUUGAAAAAAAUGUUAUUGUAAACAAAGUUUUUGCAAUUUUUUGUGUUGUAAAGAAAGCUUCGGCAAUUUUUUGUUUUGUAAAGAAGGUUCUUGCCAUUUUAGGUUUUGUAAAAAAAGUUAUUGCAUUUUCAAAAAAAGAGGUUGCACCGUGCAGAUUAUUAUAAAUUUUUGCACGGUGGACUCUGUUUUUUGAUAAAAGCGUUGAAAAAAGUAGUUGUAAAGAAAGUUCUUGCCGUUUUACGUUUUUUAAAGAAAGUUCUUGCCAUUUAAAGUUUUGUAAAGAAAGUUAUUGCCAUUUCUUGUCUUGUAAAGAAAGUUCUUGCCAAUCUAUCAAACAAUUAUUGAAAAUCGUGUUUCCAGGACAUUCAGUACUCCCUCCAGCACGUUAUGGAAUCCCUAAUACUAUUGGACCGCGCACAGUACGUUGAAGAAAACGGUGGAACUGCGGAGCUAAUUCCACUGUUCCCAACUGACAUUUCGCCUAGGAAUACGUGUCUUACUGUGAAACGGUAG